AUGGGAGAUGUUAGAGAAGCGGUAGGUCCACCAAGGAGCGAUGGUGACGGCGAGUGCCAUGUAGAUGGACAUUUGCAGAGUGGAACGUACAAGACUUGUGGACCUCGUCCAGAGGGGAGUGAGGUGUAUGAGCUGGACCUUGGGAAAAUAACGAGUUUGGACAGAGAAACAGUUGAUGGUGAUGGUAUAGGGACGAAUAGAGGCAUAGGAGAUGCCCGAAAAUCCACAAUAUUCAUCGCAUAUCUCAUCUGUUCCGUAUCAACAAUCGUAUCACACAUUAUAAGGAAGCCCCUGGCAACCUCCAAGGUCAAUAUUCAAAAGAGUUUUGGGUCGUCAACCUUUGAAUUGAGCUAUCUGGACACCUCCUUUCUCCUGCUCUACAGCUUUGGCCAACUAGUAACGCCUAGUAUUUUCCCAAAGUCACAUACCAUUCUCCUUGCCUCCUUUUUUCAUCUCAUCAUUGGAAUCUCCCUCAUUUCACUCUUGUAUUGCGGAACACUUACCAGCUUUGUCAUCCUCUAUGGAAUCAUUGGAUUUUCCUGUGCUCCUGCGUGGACGCUUAUUUUCCAAGACCUGCAUGUUUGGCUGCCUGAAAAAAAUAGACACUUUUUAGUCACUCUCUGGUGCUGUCAAGCCGAAGUUGGUUACAUAAUUGGAACUCUAUUUUGCGCAGAAAUUCAAACAGAGGUGAAUUGGAGAUGUCUGUUUGUAAUUGGAGGGCUCUUGAAUCUCAUGGUGUGGGCAAUGAUUCUCUCGUGUUAUAUAGAGCCUGGGCAUGAAGACGUUCUGUACGUUCCAAACAGGCUGAUUAAUCCAGUGACGAUCGGGAGAGCGAAUAUUAUAAGGAUAUUCAAGGGAGUAGACAAUUUCAUCAGUAGGUACAAGGCCUCUUCGAGACCAACUGUGGCAGAAUCUGGUAGACGCAGUCCGCCCAAAAGAGAUAGCGAAUCCGGACCUAUUGAAUCUAGCAAUGACGUCACUCCUCUCCAUAGUGAUCAGUUUGGAGUCAUCCUGAUUGACAAAAAUAUAGGUGUGGAGAAGGGGUCAAAAAUUGAAGCAUCGAGGGUUCUUGCAUCGGCAAGGAGGACUGUGAAUAGAUGUUAUAGAGGUGUUAAUAGGCACUUGCUAGAAUUUUCAGAUUUAGUCAAACGAGUGCGAUUUGUGAACAAUAAUGCAUUAGCAUAUACACUCGUGAGAAUUGCAAAAAAUUGUUUUGCGUUUUGGAUCUCCUUUUUUGUAACCACACAUUUGGGAUAUAGCAUUAAAAAUGGAAUUUAUACAACACUAUUGUUCGAGCUUGGAUCGUGUCUAGGCUCACUCUUGUCAGGACUCAUUAGCAAGUUGGUCCUUAAAAAACAUCCAAUCACAGCAUCCACCAUUUCCUCGGUAUUUGCGAGCCUGUCAAUUUUUGCGCUACUAGCCGUGGAUCUGAGCAAGAUUAGGACCGCCUUUUUGUUUAUUUUUAUCAUUGGAGCUACAACAACGUGUCUGGAUACACUAAUGAUUACGAGAAAUAUUCGAGUCAUUUGUGAAGAUUGCACAGGUAAGGUUUCUUAA